UGAGAGGCAAAGAGAAGGAAAGACACAAACUUGUGACUUGACAAAAGAGGGCAGGUACCAGAGGCAGGACAAUGAAGGCUGGCGUGGGACUCUUCUCUGCAUUGGCUCUGCUCCUCCUAGUGGGACCAGUACUCACUCAGAGACCUCGGCCAAGGAGGCCUACCAAGCGCCCACUCACCCCCAAGAAGCCCUCCGUCAUCAAGCCUGUAAUAACACAGCCAGAGCCCCAGGAGCCCACAGACUUCCCUCCAGUCAUCCUGGGUCCGCCCUCCAUGUACCCCGACUGCCCCCGGGAGUGUUUCUGCUCCCCAAGCUAUCCAAAUUCUCUCAAUUGUGAGAACCGGAACAUCCGUACGAUCCCAGUCAUCCCAUUAAGAGCUCACUACUUAUAUCUACAAAAUAAUUACAUCUCAGAGGUGACUGCAGAGUCAUUCCUUAAUGCUACUGAGGUCCGCUGGGUCAAUCUGGCUAACAAUCGCAUUCACAGAAUAGACAAACAGGUUUUCGAGAAGAUCCCAUCACUGCUGUAUCUCUAUGCACAAAGAAACCAGCUAAACGAAGUCCCAGCAGGUCUCCCGUCAAGUCUGGAGCAGCUUUCUCUCAGUAGGAAUCGUAUUUCGAAAAUUCCCACUGGUGCCUUCAACAAGUUGGGGAACCUGACUUUGCUUGACUUGUACCACAACCAGCUGAGUGACGGUGACCUGGGAAAGAACACAUUUAAGGACCUGAAGAGCCUCAUGCAGCUCAACUUGGCCCACAACACGCUGAGGAAGAUGCCUCCUGGUGUACCAAGUAACCUCAUACAGCUUUUCCUGGAUAAGAACCGAAUUGAUGACAUCCCAAAAGACUACUUUGAUGGCUUCACUCAUCUGGCAUUUGUCAGACUGAACUUCAACGAGCUGAGUGACAAAGGGGUUCCCAAGGCUGUGUUCAACGUGUCGACUCUCCUGGAUCUGCAACUGGCCCACAACCAGCUGACCAUGGUUCCUCUCUUCAACAGUCACCUGGAGCACCUGCACCUCAACCACAACAGCAUCGAGAGCAUCAAUGGAACCCAGAUCUGCCCGUUCACCCUGCAGUCCGACCUGAGCGACAACAGUCUGGUCCCAAGGCUACGGUACCUGCGUUUGGAUGGAAAUCACUUGGCUCCCCCAGUCCCUCAUGACGUCAUCAUGUGCUUCAGGCACCUUCACUCUAUUGUUAUAUAGGAAGCUUUCUCUCUCACACACACACACACACACACACACACACACACACACACACACACACACACACACACACACACACACACACACACACACACACACACACACACACACACACACACACACACACACACACACACACACACACAAAUGUUGUGCACAAUGGAAAUUCAACACACCACAUGUUGAAUGUAGCACAAAGUUUCCACGUAUGCUGCGGAACUGCAUUGCUGAGAGAGGGACUCCGUGUAACUGUAAAGCUUUAAACUUUUGCAACUUUAAAGAGUACUAGAAUCUCAAGGAUGAGUCACAAAUGCAGCAAAAACACAAGUAAACCAAGAUUUAUCUUAAAAUUUGUGAGCUACAGUUUAUCAAAGAUGUUUUUUCUUUUUUAUGCUUCCAAAAUAUUAUGCAUCCAGAAAUAUAUAUAAGUAAUAACACAAAAGGAAUCUCAAAGACUGAAAAUACAGGUACAUUGACAGACUUGCUACAGAUGCAGAGGAUAGUUGUGUUUGUCAGCAGAUGCCGACAGAACAGGGGAGCCACCGAUGACGUAAGGCCUUCAGAUAUCUCAAUGACCAAACUGAAACAUGACUACAAUGUAGUUGAAACUGCUCCCAAUGUGCCUGUGAUUUUCAGGGUCUUCAUGUAAAAAAGGGUCAUGGUAUUCUUCCUUUUCUUAGUCUUAUGUAUAUUAUUCCUCUGUAUAAAGACGCUUUGUAAAAAAAAAAAAUAUUGGAAAAUAAAAUGUUGUCUUUGAUCA